CUUACCAAAUGGGCUUUUCUCUUCCUGGUGUAACUCAGGUGUAAUGUCUUUGCUGAGACCUCUUUUGCUGGAUUUCGUCCCAACUAUUCAACAGACUGCUGCUUUGGCUCUUGGGAGACUUGCCAAUUAUAACGACGACCUGGCAGAGGCAAUCGUGAAGGGAGACAUUCUUCCACUUCUCGUGUGUUCUUUGUCUGAGCAGAAUCGUUUCUACAAGAAAGCAGCUGCAUUUGUGCUAAGAGCGAUUGGUAAACGUUCUCCACAGCUAGCUCAGGCAGUAGUUCAGUGUGGAGCACUGGAAAUGCUUGUGAUUUGCUUGGAAGAUUUUGACCCUGGAGUCAAAGAAGCUGCAUCUUGGGCUCUCGGGUAUAUUGCCCGACACAAUUCAGAACUGUCACAAGCUGUGGUGGAUGCAGGAGCUGUUCCUCUUUUAGUGCUCUGUAUCCAGGAGCCAGAAAUUGCUUUGAAAAGGAUUGCUGCUUCAACUCUCAGUGAUAUUUCAAAGCAUUCUCCAGAGUUAGCGCAGACAGUAGUGGAUGCAGGAGCUAUCGCUCACUUAGCUCAGAUGAUCCUGAACCCUGAUGCUAAACUGAAGCGUCAGGUGCUGUCAGCUCUAAGCCAAAUAGCAAAGCAUUCAGUGGAUCUUGCAGAGUUGGUGGUUGAAGCAGAAAUUUUCCCAGUUGUGCUCACAUGCCUGAAGGACUCAGAUGAAUAUGUCAAGAAAAACGGUGCAACUUUAAUUAGAGAGAUAGCAAAGCAUACGCCUGAGCUUUCACAGCUUAUAGUAAAUGCAGGUGGAGUUGCCGCUGUGAUUGAUUGUAUUGGCAGCUGCAGAGGGACUGUCAGACUGCCUGGCAUCAUGAUGCUUGGUUACGUAGCAGCUCAUUCGGAGAACCUGUCAAUGGCAGUGAUUGUCUCCAAGGGAAUACCACCACUGUGUGCCUGCUUGGUAGAAGAACAUGAAGAUCAUAUUAAGGCAGCAGCUGCCUGGGCCUUGGGACAGGUUGGAAGACACACUCCUGAGCAUGCACGUGCUGUUGCAGUAGCAAAUGUGCUACCCACACUGCUUGCUAUGUAUAUGGACACACGCAGUUCAGAAGAUCUUCAAACAAAAACUAAAAGAGCCUUAAAGAACAUCCUUCAGAAAUGCACGUAUCUUCCAGCACUCGAACCAUUGCUGCAUGAUGCCCCUCCCAAUAUUAUGAAACACAUUAUUGGGCAGUUUAGUAAGGUGUUACCAUAUGACAGUAAAGCACGUCGUCUCUUUGUAACAACUGGUGGACUUAAAAAGGUUCAAGAAAUAAAAGCAGAACCUGGGUCACUUCUUCAGGAAUAUAUCAACACUAUUAACAAUUGCUAUCCAGAGGAAAUAGUAAGGUAUUAUUCCCCUGGAUAUUCUGAGAUACUUCUGGAAAGGGUGGAAAAUUACCAUCCAGUUUUAUAAACUUCAGUUCUUUAUUAGAGCUGUAUUUCACAUUUAUGCCUUUGUGACUGUAAUACAAAUACAGCUGUUGAAACUCCUGUUUGAUUCUGAAAUCUCCUUCUACUGUAUGAACUACUGAAAGAGCUCAGCAAUUCCAGCAAGUUACAUUUUGUUCUUUAUAAACUUGUUUGCCAAUAAGUUGUUGU